GUGGAAAAAUGGAAUCUCCAAAGCAAUUUCCACCAGCCACCACCCCAACUUGUCUCUCUAGUCUCUAUAUAUAAAUAUAUUAUAUAUAACACAUACUCGUCUCAUAGAUCUCACAAGCUGAUUUCAAACCCAUUCAUAUCUAAGAUGAAAAAUCUAGCAUUGAUAUGUGCUUUGUUUUUACAUAUUUUGAGCCUAAACCUUAUCGUGGAAGCGCGAAUUCGACAUUACCGAUGGGAGGUUAAGUACGAGUUCAAAUCGCCCGAUUGCUAUCGAAAACUAGUCAUCACCAUCAAUGGAAGAAGCCCAGGUCCCACAAUAUUAGCUCAACAAGGAGAUACCAUUGUUGUUGAUCUUAAGAACAGUUUGUUGACCGAAAAUGUCGCCAUUCAUUGGCACGGUAUCCGACAGAUUGGAACUCCAUGGGCUGAUGGAACUGAAGGGGUUACUCAAUGUCCUAUUUUACCAGGAGAUACUUUUAGAUAUAAGUUUGUUGUUGAUAGGGCGGGUACAUACUUGUACCAUGCGCAUUACGGGAUGCAACGAGAGGCGGGGUUAUAUGGAUCCAUUCGGGUGGCGCUGCCGGAUGGAGAAAAGGAACCAUUCGUCUAUGACUACGAUAGAAGCAUCAUUCUUAACGAUUGGUAUCACCGAAGCACGUAUGAGCAGGCCGCCGGCCUUUCUUCCGUCCCUUUUGUUUGGGUCGGCGAUCCUCAGUCACUGUUGAUUCAAGGGAAAGGAAGAUUCAACUGCAGUACACCGGGGACCACAGCCGCUCUCUGUAACGCCACAAAUCCCGAAUGUUCGCCGUAUGUUUUCACAGUCGUUCCAGGGAAAACUUACCGGCUUAGGAUCGGAAGCCUGACAGCUUUGGCUGCUCUCAGUUUUGAAAUAGAAGGGCAUAAUAUGACGGUUGUUGAAACCGACGGUCACUAUGUAGAACCAUUCGUCGUAAAAAAUCUUUAUAUUUACUCAGGUGAGACUUACUCGGUUUUAGUGACCGCAAAUCAAGACCCAACAAGAAAUUAUUGGGCCGUGUCAAAAAUGGUGAGUCGUAACAACACGACCCCUAAUGGUUUGGGUAUCUUUAAUUACUACCCAAACCAUCCCAGUAGGUCCCCACCUACCGUCCCACCAAGUGGGCCUUGGUGGGACAAUGUUGAAGCCCGGGUGAACCAAAGUCUUGCAAUCAGAUCCCACCCUGACUAUAUACACCAAGUGCCUCAAACAUCGGAUAGAGUGAUUAUUCUUUUGAACACACAAAACCGAAUCAACGGUAGUGUCAAAUGGUCUAUUAAUAACGUCUCGUUUACCCUUCCACAUACCCCGUAUCUCAUAUCACUUAAACAUAACUUGCUUCACACGUUUGAACAAACCCCGCCUCCUGACACCAUCAACGGCUACGAAGCUUAUGACAUUAACGUUGCGCCUCCUAAUGUUAAUGCCACUUCUAGCAAUUCUUUGUAUAGACUAAAGUUCAACACGACCGUAGACAUUAUUCUUCAAAAUGCAAACACGUUGAAUGAUAACAACAGCGAAACACACCCGUGGCAUCUACACGGGCAUGAUUUUUGGGUAGUCGGGUAUGGAGAUGGAAAGUUUAAUGCUUCAGAGGACCCGAAGAGGUAUAACUUGGUGAACCCGAUUAUGAAGAAUACCGUACCGGUUCACCCGUAUGGGUGGACCGCUUUGCGGUUUGUAGCGGAUAACCCGGGUGUUUGGGCAUUCCAUUGUCAUAUUGAGUCCCAUUUUUAUAUGGGUAUGGGAGCAGUGUUUGAAGAAGGGGUUGAGAAAGUGAAAAAAUUGCCAUCAUCUAUCAUGGGUUGUGGUGAUUCCAAGAGAUUUCUUAAGCCAUAGAUGUUUGUUUUUAUACUUUUUGUAGGUAUUAUUGAUAGUUGUAAGAUUAUUCUUUCACAAUGUAAAAUUGACUGGUUAUAAUGUAUAAAGAUUUAUAGCCCAUAUUGAUUAUACAAAAGUCAAAAGUUUGGAUC